AAGUGUCCUACAAAAGACCCUUUUAUGCAGAGUGACUUAUAGUCCCAUAACAACAAGGCAAAUAAAAAGUGCCAGUUAUACAAGGUUUCAAGUCACAUCCUAAGAACAGAAAGCAUUUUAUUUUCCACAAACAGCAAGUGUUCUACAAAAGAGGCGUUACCAUGAAUACCCAGCCACAUAAAUUACCUGAAGAGAAGAAAAAGCAGCUCUGUGCCUUGUUGGGUGAUGUGGAUCUGACUCUUCUCUACAAAGCGUCUGUUCAUGGAUAUAAUGCUGCUGCUUUCCACCAACACUGUGACCGUCAGGGUCCAACUUUACUCGUGGCCUACAACAACUCAGGCUACAUAUUUGGUGGAUAUACGAGUAAAGAUUAUACUCAGUGCGGUCUGCACAUUAUUGAUGAAGAUGCUUUCCUGUUCUACUAUCAAGGCCAAAUCCCUGUGUGCAUCAAAAUUAACAAUGGACAAUAUGCACGUCUUGAUAACAAUGGAUGGCCCAACUUUGGUCAACAGUUGCACUUUUGCUAUAACAACCAACCAACCGUUUAUAAUCAAGGGGGUCAUGCAUUCAACAUUAAUACUGCCUUAAUUUAUGGGAACGAUGGGAACCUGAUUGAAUGUGAGGUGUUUAAAAUUGAGCACAUCAUGGAGAAACCUUGGAGGAACAUGGUGUGGACCGCUGAACAAAGAGAAGAGCUUAUGAGGGUUUUCAAGAACCACACACCCUUGGUGUCCUCUGUGAACCGAGCUCGAAUCCUAAUGAUCGGUCCUGUAGGUGCUGGAAAGUCCAGUUUCUUCAACUCCAUCAACUCCAUCUUCAUGGGUCACAUGACCAGCAAAGCCAUUGCAGGAUCUUCAGGCACCAGCCUCACCAAACAGUUUCGCACAUAUCCACUGAAAGAUGGCCGUGGGGGAAAGUCAUUGACAUUUAUGUUGUGUGACACUAUGGGACUGGAGGAGCAGACAGGUGCAGGUCUGGAAAUUGAGGACAUCAGCAGCAUUCUUCAGGGUCUCGUACCAGACCGAUAUAAAUUCAACCCUGUUUCACCAUUCGAUCCUAAUGAGCAACAGUCCUCCACACCUGCAUCUCUGGAGCAGAAGAUCCACUGUGUGGUGUUUGUGAUAGACACCUCCAAAAUCUCCCUCAUGUCCAGCAAACUGGUGGAAAAACUUGCAGCCAUACGCACAAAAGUAAACUCAUUGGGUGUUCCUCAGAUCGUCUUGAUGACAAAAAUAGAUGAGGCGUGUCCUCUGGUGCAGGAGGAUCUUCAAAAGGUUUAUGUCAGUUCCUACAUUGAGAAAAAGGUACAGGAGGUCAGCUCUCGACUGGGUGUUCCUGUGUCUUGUGUGUUACCUGUGAAGAAUUACAGUCAGGAGCUUGAACUGAACCUCAACUGUGAUCUCCUGCUUCUCACCGCUGUACAGCAGAUGCUCAACUAUGCUGAAGAUUAUUUGGAUGAUGCUGCUAUGGCCUAUUAGAGCAAAAAUGUUUAAAUUGUUGCUUUUUAAACAUUUAAUGUUGCUUAAAGUUAUACAGUAUGUUAGGGUAGAUCAUCUUAAUGCAAUUUCUCAGAUACUUCGCCUUGCAGAUGACUAUUUUGAUGAUAUGAGGACAAGCCCUCAUAAAUAGCUACUGUUUUUCUCAAGUUUAGCUUCUUCUCUAUUGUUUUUCUGUUUUGGCUUACUAAUAAAUGUAGUUAACUAACACAACCUUUUUGUCUUUUACUAUUUUUGGGGUAAAGAUAUUCAUUGUUUUGAGCAUCGGUCAUCGAUAUUUCACUAUUGACACACAGUGGCGGAUUUAGCAAAUCGGGGGCCCAAGGCGAAGGUAUGUAUGGGGCCUCCUUUCCGAUCUAUAAAAGAGAACGAAAAAAAUUAGUUUACUCCAAAAUGAAGAUGGAAAGCAGAGAACACACAAAGUGUAGCACUACACAAACCAAUAGAGAAUACGUCAAAGGGGCAAAAACAGCCACGGACAGUAAAUGAGGGAGAAAAAAUUUAAAUCUGAUUCUGCACAAAAACUAGCAAUGCAUCAAAGCCAAUGUUUUUACUAAUCUUUCACAUGGCCAAGACUGUGAUAAAAGGUAAAAAGAAAUCCAGUCCACAAUCACUUUUUUAUAUUGAAAAUAAGUAAUUGCAUGUGUGUUUCCCCAAAUCUACGGAAGAGGAUUAGGGCCACUGGUGAAAAAAAUAUU